AUGAGUUUACAUAAAUUAAAUGCACCUAUUCAUGUAGGAAUAGACCUAGGAAUAACACAUUCAUCUAUUGCUAUUUAUUCUGAAAAUGAGAAAAACCCAAUAGAAGUACUUGAAAUAUCAAAUAAUGAAUUUUCAAUACCAUCAUGGGUUGAAAUAUUUAAAGGAGGUGAUGGAUUAAAAAAGUACAAUGUUGGUAUUAGAGCAAAGACUAGUGGUGGUAUUUGUCUUCAUGACUCUAAAAGAUUAAUAGGAGAAACAGUUGAACAUUAUAAUGAACAAAAAAACUUAUUACCAAUUUUUACAUCAUUUGAAGUUUUAACAGACAAUAAUGAAAUAAAAAUGUGUGUUGAAGACCCUCUUGAUUCAUCAAAGCAAGAAAGUUUUUAUCCAAUCGAAGUAUCAGCAAUGGUUCUUAGAACAUUGUAUAAUAUACUUAUUAAAAGAAUUGGAAAUAGAAAAAUAGGAAAAGUAGUUGUUACUGUCCCUGUUUCUUUUACACCAAGACAAAAGAAAGAAACAAUUCAAGCUUGUAAAAUGGCAGGAUUUGAAGAUAUUACUUCAUUAGAAGAACCAUUUGCUUCAAUCUUGGAAUAUCAAAGAGAACAUCAUGUGAAAGAUAAAUCUAAAAUUAUUGUAAUUGACUGUGGAGGAGGAACAACAGAUGUUGCCUGUUGCAUUACACAUAGAGAUGGAAUGACAAAGUAUGAAAAACUAGACGAUGAAGAAAUCAGAAAUAGUAUUUUAGAUAAAGUAAAAGAAACUCUAAAAACAAAACCAGAUGAAUUAUAUUUAUUUGAACCAUCAAAAUGGUAUGAACUGCCAAGCACACGACAAUUAAAAAGAGAUGUUUAUUUGAGUAUUGACAAAUUAACAAGGUCUGCUUCUAGAAUAUUAAAUCAAGACAAACCAUUUACAUUUAAUACAUCUGAAAUAAAUCCAAAUUGGAAUAAUGAAAUAACAUUAAAACUAAAAGACUUUAGAAAACAACAAGAACCAAAUGCUCUAAAUGAAAUAAAAACAACAGAAUGUAUAUGUAAUGAAAGUGAUCUUAGUCUUGAUGGAAAUAAUUUUGAUGAUUCUCUCAUUAAAGUUAUUCUUGAUAAAAUCAAAGAGAGUGUUGAUGAUACUAGUUUUCAAAGACUCUUUGUUGUAAAAUCUUCUGAUAAUAAAUCAAUUAAAAAGAUGAAAUUAAAAGCAAUGAAACAAAUAAGAAAUAUUGCUGAAGAUGUCAAAAAAUCAUUUUCUGGCAAUUCAAGUUAUUCUCCAAUUGAUUUAUAUUCAAUUUGUAAUGAACUUAAUGACUCCAUAGAAGUCACAAGAGAAGAAUUUGAAGAACAAUGCAAGAAAGAUAGGCUUAUUGACAGAAUUAAAAGAUGUAUAGAAAAUGUGAUGAAAGGUGCACGUUGGAAUGUAAGUGAUGUAGAUUGUGUUUUACCAAUAGGUGGUUCGUGUUGUAUUCCAAUUGUUAAAAAAACAAUUUGUGAUAUGUUUGGAGAGAAGAAAAUUAUUGGAUUUGGUUCUGAUGGAUAUCUAAGUGUUGUGAAAGGAGCCUCUUAUAGAGCAUAUCAAUUAUCAUUAAAUAAAGAAGAUAAUAUAACACAAGUAAUGCCAUAUACACUUGGAUUUGGAUUGGUUAAUAAUGGGUUUAGUAUUUUUGCACCUAAAGGAAGAAAAUUACCAAUUACUUUUGAGGGUGUACGUGUUAAUGAAUAUGAUAAUCAGAAGGCUGUUAAUAUAUCAAUUUAUAGAGGAGAAGGACAGAAAACAAAUGAUGAAGGAAUGGAACUUGUCACAGAAGUAACAAUAGAAAGACUUCCACCUGGAUUAAAAGCAGGAGAAUUAAAAAUAAUUUACAAAACAACAAUAAACAGAAGUGGUCUUGUUGAAGUUGAGAUAUUUAAUAAAGAGACAGGGAAGUAUCUUGAAAAAAUGAGAGCAUUUGUGAAUUUAGGAUUUGAUGAGGAAAAACUGAAAAAAAUUCAACAACAUCUUGAACCUUACAUCAAAAAUUCUGAAUAA